GUCAGUAUUCUCACAAAUUGUCCUCUGUGCAUCUAGUACUGGACCUAUUGGCAUUUUACAGCAACAGGAUAUUUAUCCAAAUAUCAAACUUAUAAGAAUGGUCAAUGCUGAACUCUUCUUACCAACACCUUUUGUGUCAACUCGGAAAUUCCGUUUCAUUAGAUGCCUAAAGGAAAUCAUACCAAAUAUCUGGAUUUUAUUUGAUAUCUCAACUGAUUAUUUCAACAAUAUCACAUCUGAUUCUACAUUCAAGCCAGAUUGUCGGAGAAGGCCUUCUGGGGUAAUAAUCAGGAAGCACAAAGAGCAUUCUGAGGUUAUAUGGAUUGAGAAUGUGGAAGUAAAUGAUGGUAUGGCUGAUGGCUCAGACAUGGCAUUCUGUGCAAAGCGCUGGGUUAAUGCAUUGUUACAGAAAGUGAAGCGACAGGAUAGCGAAGUGAUCAGUAUUAAUACAGAAAUAGGCUGGAAAGUUAGUAAUAGUCUGCUUAAGGUAACUGAAAUCAUGGAGAAGGUCUAUUCGGAAUGUGUUAAUGGAACUCCCAAUGAAAAUAAGUGGACUCUACUCUCAGACAGGGGUGUAAGAAUUUUGAGGAGCAGGAUCGGAAAUCACAGCAGUGCAAUGGGUUCAAAUAACUACAUUGGAUUGACUAGCUUUCGAGUGCCCAAAAAGCCCUCAUCAGUUCUCGAUCUUCUAGCCAGAAAGAAUAUGGCAUUACAGUGGCCUAGUUUUCUAAGUUUGGUGGAACCUGAAGAAGUCAUUAAACUUGCAGUGAAAGAUGGUGGCGGUUAUAUUACUAUACACAAAAAGGCCUAUGAAUACGUUGUGCAAGUGGUUUCAAGGGAUGAAUUUUGUUCAUUCAUACUAUCAUCACCAAUGAUCCAGGAUGAUGUUGAUCUUACUCUUCUUUAUGGAUCUUUGAGAGAGAAUAUACUAAAGCCAUCAGGUUUUACCGUAAUCCCUGGUGGGCCACCAGAAUCUGAUUCAUCUCUAGUGACUAUUGCCAUGCAACAAGAACUUGAAGUGUCAGGAACUGAGGAAGCCAUUGAGGCUGUGAGUCAACUCAUAAACUCCACUGUUAAUGAGAUCAACGAAGCAGUUGCAAGAGAUGGAGAAGAGAACGAGUAAUGUGUUUGGUGUCGUGAACCUCCAAAGUUUGGUUGGAUAAAUCCAAACAUAUUAAUAGCUAAGUUAGUGUGAAUACCAGAUAGAAUAAUCAUAGUUCAUAAAUAUAGCUAGUUCCGGUUAGUGGGUACUGUGUAGUUGGCAGUUUGCGGUAGACAAAUUGCGGUUCCGAAGAGAUAUGUUAUCUCUGAAGUGGGGAUGUUUUUCUCAGAGAGGGUAUCAUUAAGUUCCAAGACUGCAUUUUGUGGUCCAUGUGAACUUUAUGAGAAGUUUCAGUUUAUAUGGUAUCUUGCUUUUUCGUUUUUAUGUAAACAUAAAAAGAACUUACAGAACGGCCAUUUUGUUGUCUCAAAUAAAUGCAGACUUGAGUCUGAAUGCUAAGAUUAAUAUCAAA